CUGGCUGCAAUUCUUGACCUUGGCCUAUUCUUAGCUCGGAUUCCAUUUAAAAUUUUUGGCUCGUUCUCAGCAUUGCAGAAUCUUGUCUUUGAACUAAACCAUCCGUUACACCUCUAUUCAGGAACACAACCAUGCAGCUUGAUGCAACAGUGUUUCAACGGUCAGAUUUGUGUUAACGGUUUCUGUAGUCGAAGUAAUGUUGCGUACAGCGGUAGUCAGAUCGUCCCAGUUCAAACAAAUUGUUUGACUGGAGCUAUUUGUCCUGUUGGACAGUAUUGCAUUAAUGGUGUAUGUAUGCAAAAUGCUAUGUCAACUACCUUUGGUAAGAAAUUUGUUUUGCAAAUAUUUUCGUUAUUGGAUUCGAACCCCUUAUUAUUCCUCCACAUGGUAGACGUGAAACAUUCCUUGUAUUAUUAA